AUGGGUCUUUGCAAAGGGAUGAGUUCUGCGACAGGGUGUAUCUGCAAGAGGAGGGAAUUUUCGAUGGGGUGGGGCUUGAUAUCAGAUGGGGUGGGGUUUGAUUUCAGAUGGGGUGUGUUGAAAGGGAAUGGGGUUUUCGGUGGGUGGUGUCUGAUAUGGAAUGAGGUUUACACAGUGAGUUAA